UUAUAUUAAUAAAGUUUACUUAUGGAUUGGGUUUAUAAAAUAAGAAAACUACUGAUCUGUAAUAUUUUAGGUGUAAAAAAGAAAAAACUUUCAAAGAUGAAUUCUGAAUCACCAAAAUCAAUGAAUGAAGAAACUGGUCCAUCUAUUGAUUCUACAAGUCUCGAAGAGCGAAUUGCAGCUCGUAGACUGAGAAUUGCAAGACGAAUAGAAUCGCUCAAACGAGAGUUACAUGGUGGUGAAAAGAAUGAAGUGUCAUCUUUAGAGCCAGAAAAAGAACCUUCUAAAAGUAGACAGCAAAUAGAACAAUCAUACCAGAGAUUAUCGAAAUUGAUUUCUGAUGGAACAGAAUUAGUGUCAAAUGUAGAAGUUGCCUGUGAUGCACGUGAGACAGCAAUGCGUAUACAACACGAUGAAGAUAGAAUUAAAAGAAUUGAAAUGCUUGAGGCAGAAGUUGAAGUAGCAGCAAAAACUUUUGAUGAGAUCACAAAGAAAUGGGAACAUGCUCUGAAAAAGGAUGUACCGCAGGAUCUUCAGAAGAUGCUUUCUUCACAACAAGUGGCAUGUGAUGAAAUGAUUGAACAAAAAAAUAAUGUCAUCAACGAUUUACAACAAAGCUUAAAACAGAAAGAUGACCAGUAUGUUAAAGAUUUACGCAAACAGGCUGAGGAUAUAGAUCUAGUCUUAGAAAGAAUGAACGAACAGAUAAAAACUUUAACACAGGCUUAUAUGGAAGAACUAGAUAAUAUUGAAAAUGCAUUUUUUACUGAAAGAAAAGAAUUGCUGCAACAACAAAAAGAGAAAUGGGUACAAAAGAGUGAAGAACGCAAAGCGAAAGAGAUCGAGUACAUGCAUUCACGAGAAAAGAGGGUUGAAGAAUUUGACGAACAGCUUCAAGCUUUACGUGUGCAAGAUGCAGAAGAAUACAAUAUGGUGAAAAUCAAGCUUGAGAAUGAUGUGCAGAUUCUGGAACAAAACCUUCAGCAAAUGAAAGCCACAUACCAAUUGAAUCAAGAAAAGUUAGAAUACAACUUUCAGGUUCUGAAGAAAAGAGAUGAAGAGAACACCAUUACUAAAUCUCAACAAAAAAGAAAAAUAACUCGCUUGCAAGAUUUGUUAAAUAAUUUGAAACAGAAGUUGAAAAAACAGGAACGUCAAAACAGCGACGAAAAUAAUUCUUUAUCAGACGAUUUAAAACGAGUUACAGAACAGUAUAAAGAGCUUCAAAAGAAGUUUAGACACUUCCAAGCGACUGAUCGAAAGAAGUUUGUUGACAUCUGGAAGAUGAAUGAAGAACAAAUAAAAGAUUUGGUCUCUGAUGUUUUGGAGGAGGAUCGCAUUAUAUUUGAACAACAGCUAGGAUUGGAUUGGCAACCUCCUGAUGGGGAUUUCCUUCAGAAUGUUGGACCUCUACAGGACACAAAGAAAUCUUUCAAAUCUGCGUUAGACACAGUUCAAGAGGUUUUGUCAAUGACGGAUGAGAACUCUCACCACACAUCAUUGGCUGGUGAUGAAACUCUUCCAAUACAAUUAUCAUAUGGUGAAAAGUUGUCGCCACGAAGUAUCAAGAAAAUGCUCGAACUGUUGUGUGACGAGUCGGGUUUUCUCGUCGAAGCAAAACUUGUCAAACUGCUUGCACCAAUUGAAAAAGAUGAGCAGUCGCUGAUGAAGUUGGAUGCUAUUUUUAGUGCGAUCGGGAUUGAGACUGAAAACGAUAUUUACAUGCUUAGCAAAUAUCUCAUAAAACCUCUGUCUAAGUUAACUGCUGAAAACGUGGACGGAACAGUUAGUGGUGACUUGUCUGAGAACAUUGAAAAUUCUGAACAACAGAGACAAGUGGAUCUCAUUCACCCAAAUGACGUGGUUAAGUCGUUAAAGCAAUUUGUCGAAGAUAACAAGGAACCUUUCAGGCAGAGCCGAAAGAUGAGUUCACAAUUUAUUAACAGUUCAGUUCGCGAUGAUAGCAUGGAUGCGGCGUAUUGGUCACAACUGGCCAGUGUGAUUGACGAGAAGAGGGAACGUGUUUGGGAUGCAAUGAUUGCAGGCUUUGAGAAGUACAGUCACGUUUUAACAGAGAGAGCACAACUGAUACAAGAUACAGACGGUUUAAAACAACAGAACGCUGAGUUACGGAUGUUACUCCACCAGUACUUAAGUUCUAAGGUGGAUGAAGAGCUUGUCGUUCCACCAACUCGAGUGUUGCAAUUGGAACUAUCGCAAAAAUAACACAGUGUUUUUUUAAGAAGCAAGUUUUUUUAGUAUGCCAAUGCAUGGAUUGCUUCUUUUAAAAUGUUUAUUCUUCUUUCUUUUACCAAACAUUUUGUUCUAACUUGUAAAGAAAUAAGUUGAAAACCUCGUAUGCAAUUUGACUAUUCCAUGAGCGAAUGUGAUUUAAAUUUCAUGUGGGAAACCUUUGUAAUUUUAGAGAUUAUAUUCUGUCAAUUAUUACUAAGAGGUGCUACAAAGUUCUAGUUUCUAGCUCCAUCCAUGAGGAGAGCGAAUCCAGCACCUUUUCGAUUUCAGUUGAGCGCUCUACCGGCUGAGCUACCUAUCCUCAUUUCUUUUGAACACCAAAACCAUGCUAGAUAAGGACGAGAAAUAGCAUAAGGCUGCGAUUGAAAGUUAUGAGAGAGUUUAGUAAGGUUUAAACAAAAUUUGUUUGCAAAUAUACACAACAUAAUUUGUCUUCUGAUUGUAUUUUUUUGUUUGAAAACAUGUUUUCAUUUUUUCGUUCUGUAUGAAUUAUCUGAAGAUGUUUCAUUUUGUUGUAAAUAAUUUACAUAGUAAUAUAUAUUUUUAAUAUGA